AUGGCGUCGAGUUCGGACGAGGGCGAGAUCGUCGAGAACGACGCUGUGGAUUUGAAGGCAACUUCACUGCCGAAGAAGUUUGAAGGAAACGGUGUUGACCGUCAAGACAGAACCCGAGACAGAUACUCGGCCUCCAAAUCUCCCGAAUACGACUCCCACCGCAACUCCCACAACCACACGUCAUCGAGACGUAGCCGGUCGCCCCGCGGAUUCAAGCGCUCUCGCGAUGAGCGGGACUACGCCGGCGGUGGCGGAGGAGGACGACAAGAUACGCGCCGCUUCCGCGUUCAUUACGAGGACGGACCGCGCGAUGAUUAUCGGCGCGCGCGUGUUUCCUACGAGGAUCUAGACCGCCCGGUAUCGCGCGGCUCGAACCACAGCUACGACGGUCGCGACAGAGAACGGAGCCGCGACAGAGACAGGGACAGAUUCCGCGAGCGAGAGAGGGACCGCGACAGGGACAGAUACCCGGACAAGAGAGCGCGCAACCGUACACGCUCACCCUACCGCCCUCCACGCGGCGACCGGGGUCGCGACGAUCGCCAUGCCAGAGACGGCGGACGCGACCGGCUUUCCGACUCGUUCCGCGGCCUGAAGUACGACGACCACAGAGAUCGAGAUGCCCGAAACGGAGACUCGACGGAUGGGGCCGCUGUAGGGAAGGACUCACGUGCUUCCAGAGGAGAUGCUAAACCUGUGAAAGAAUAUACAGACCAAAGGAAUGGCAAUGCAGGGCCCUCUCAGAAUCAGAACGCUCCUCCGCCCGAACCAGAGCAGGACUUCGAGGAACCCAUGGUUGUGGACGAGGAAGCCGAGAUUGAACGUCGACGUCGACGUCGUGAUGAGUUACUUGCUAAGUCCAGCUCCGCUACUCCACUGCUCGUACACGCGCUGCAUGCGGUCGACAAGUCGGUGGUCGCAUCACCAGCGCGCCAAGCCACACCUGGCACGCCUGGCCGUGAUGUCGAUACGCCAGUUUCAGACGUAGCAUCACCAGCACAAGAUGGAAGCUCUCCGGGUGCGAUUGACAUCAUGAGCGAGAAGGACCUGAUGAACACGCACGGCGGUGGCAAGACCACGGAAGAAGAUGGCCCAUCCGCAGCAGACUACGACCCGACGGUUGACAUGAAGGAGGACGAGAUGCGCGACGAAAUGCGACACGGCAUUGUGGGUAUGCAUGGCGAGGCUCUCGGACAGCAACCAGAAGCACAGCAGGAAGAGCCGCCCCAGGAAGCCCCCGCGAAGAAAGCGUCCGGCGAUGAAGACGACGAUGACUUCGACAUGUUCGCUGAAGACUUCGACGACGACAAGUACGCCGCGCCCAACCCCGCCAAGGUCGCCGUGGUAGACGAAACCAAGGCGUCACCCGCCGUCGGCCAACCGAACGGUGCCAUUCUCGAAGGUGACGACAAGGACGGAUACUACAAGCUUCGCAUCGGCGAGAUCAUGAACGGCCGCUACCAGGUGCAGUCGGCUCUCGGUAAGGGUAUGUUCUCUGGUGUCGCUCGGGCGGUGGACAUCACGAACAAGAAACUGGUUGCCAUCAAGAUUAUGCGAAACAACGACGCGCUGAGGAAGGGAGGCUUUACCGAGAUCGCCAUCCUGCAGAAGCUCAACGAUGCCGACCCGGAGAAUCGCAAGCACAUCGUCAAGUUCGAGCGCCACUUCGACCACAAGGGCCAUCUGUGCAUGGCAUUCGAAAACCUGAGUCUGAACCUGCGAGAAGUCUUGAAGAAAUUCGGCAACAACGUCGGCAUCAACUUGAGCGCGACGCGAGCCUACGCCCACCAAAUCUUCAUCGGCCUUGCUCACAUGCGGAAAUGCAGCAUUAUCCACGCAGAUCUCAAGCCUGACAACAUUCUGGUGAACGAAAGUCGCAACGUCCUGAAGAUCUGCGAUCUGGGAACCGGUAUCGACAAGUCCGAUGCUGCCACCGCGCACAACGAGAUCACCCCGUACCUCGUCAGUCGCUUCUACAGAGCGCCGGAGGUCAUGCUGGGCAUGCCCUACGACUACGCCAUCGACAUGUGGUCCAUCGGCUGCACUCUGUAUGAGCUGUAUACUGGCAAAAUCCUCUUCGCCGGCGACAGCAACAACCAGAUGCUCAAGGCCAUCAUGGAGAUCCGCGGCAAGAUCACCCCGAAGUUGUACAAGCGAGGCCAGCUGGCGCCUAUGCACUUCGACGAGCAGGGCAACUUUGUGAGCAUGGAGAGGGACAAGAUUCUUGGAAAGACUACCGCCAGGGUCCUGCCCGUCGUCAAACCGACGCGUGACCUGCGAACCCGUCUCUUCGCCGCCUCGACGGGCAUGAACGACGCCGAGACAAGGGAUCUCAACCACUUUGUCGACCUGCUCGAGCACUGCCUGACGCUGAACCCCGAGAAGCGGAUCAAGCCCGCCGACGCGCUGAAGCAUCCCUUCUUCACGGCGAGGAUCGCUGCUGCGAAGCGCUGA